AUGUCUUAUCGAAUGCGAUUUUCCAUACUUGUAAUGUUCACAACGGCCCUUGUGUCAACAGUGGUAUUUACGUCGUCCUCCAUACAAAAGACAUUUUCAGGUGUAAAGACUUUUAAGGACAUGCGUAUUUCUGAUGAAAUAAUGAAAUGUGUCCUCAAAAGUAUAUCGAACCCUUAUAUUUACGAUUAUACUACUGACUUUUACCUGCUACCACCUGUGUCGGAUCUCUGUAGGAUGACUUUACCGGACCUAGAAUUAUUGUAUCAACGAUACCUAAGUACCAUACAAACCGUAUGUAAAACCCCACGGAGGUUCGGAAAGAUUACGGAUGGUGGAUGGGAUAUAUGUGUUGAACCAAAGUAUCUCCCGAGAAAUAAAUGUCUGGUGUACUCUUUUGGUAUUGCUAAUGACUUUUCUUUCGAUGACGACAUUGCUCGUUUUUACAACUGUGAGGUUCAUUCCUUUGAUCCCAGCAUGAGGAAAAAAGGAUAUGUUAGAAUCAAGGAUCAAUCAUAUUUUCACGAUACUGGCCUUUCUCACAUCACCCGUUCAAAUCCAGAGGGCAAUAUGUGGCGCAUGCAGACAUUUUUGGAUAUUCGAACAGAACUGAACCACUUAAAGCGGAUGCCAAACGUCGUCAAGAUGGAUAUAGAGGCCUGGGAAUGGAAUGUACUUCCGGAAAUGUUUGCUGCUGGACAAUUCCCCAAGCAGUUGAUUAUCGAGUUCCACUUGUGGUCUCAAAAGUACACUACACAGCGGGACAUGUGGAUACAUCGCCUCUCUGUUCUCAGAAAUGUUUAUGAUGCAGGUUAUAGAAUAUUUUGGAUGAACAGAAACCUUAUCUGUAGAUACAAGUCGCUUUACACAAAACAACCAACACUGGCAUGUCACGAGAUUUCUUUAAUACGGAAUGGGCCCAAUAUCACGAUGAGUUCUAGUGACUGA